UGACAACUCAAGUUAGUUUAAUUUGGACAGUUUAGCCAGAAACAACUUUUGUGUGUGCCAUUGUGUGUUUUCUAUACAUAUUUUUUAAUAAAAAAAAAUAAACAAAAAUUUCAAUAUAAAAGUGGAGUAGAGAGAAUUUACUAACGGUUAAAGAGAUCAAGAUGAAAACCUUGAUUACAAUUCUCUUUUCCAUAGGUGUAACAAUCAUCGUUGACGCACGAAGCAGUGGAGUUGAUACUGGAGAUGAUAUUGCAUCAAUUUACAGAGGCGCCCAUUUGAAUGGUUUGGAAAAUCAGCCUCACGCAUUUGUUACAUUUGGUGCAACGGGUGAUUUAGCAAAAAAGAAAAUCUAUCCCGCUCUAUGGUCGUUGUUCCGUGAUAAUUUGUUGCCAAAUGGAACCAUGUUCUUGGGAUGUGGUCGCACUAAAUUAACAACAGCUGAAUUUCGCACCAGAUUCGAGCCAUAUAUACAAGUCAACUCCAGUGAACGAGCUCGAUACGAAGAAUUUUGGGGAUUGAAUCGUUAUGUGGCCUCAAAAUAUAGUUCUCACGAUGACUUUAAAUUAUUGAAUGACGAAAUUAACAAAUUGACAAAAGGAACCAAUGCAAAUAGACUUUUUUAUUUGUCAAUUCCACCCACCGCAUUCAUUUCGUUUACCGAAUUGAUCAAAGCUAAUUGCAUGGCCGAAAAAGGCUGGAAUCGUGUGGUCAUUGAAAAACCAUUUGGUAAAGAUACCGAAUCAUCGAAAAAAUUGAGUGAUCAUUUGGCAAAGUUGUUUGUUGAAGAGCAAAUCUACCGCAUGGAUCAUUAUUUGGGACAAGAAAUGGUGCAAAAUUUGUUGACCUUUCGAUUUUCCAAUAAAAUCUUCAGUCCAACGUGGAAUCGAGACAACAUUGCUGCCGUUAUGAUCACACUCAAAGAGCCAUUCGGUGUUGUUGGUCGGGGUGGUUAUUUCGAUGA